GAAAGAUCUGCACACUCGAGGUCUGUAUCUUCGACACUUGCAUAAAACGGAAAAAAGAAUACGAGAUGAAGGUAGUGAUAUUUAUCUUCGCACUACUCGCCACGAUAUGCGCAGCAUUCGCGUAUGUACCAUUACCAAAUGUACCACAACCAGGACGUCGUCCGUUUCCAACGUUUCCUGGUCAGGGACCAUUCAAUCCGAAAAUUAAAUGGCCUCAAGGCUAUUAAUCGUCCAAUGGACAAAUCAAUGGAAUAUACUUAUACGGUUCACGUGAUAAAUCUACUGUGGUGAAACAAUCGAUAAUUGAUGGGGUAUUAUAAUAUAAUUAUGAAUUGAAAUAAAUCGUAUAAGUAUUUAUCGA